CUCUUAUCAGCGGCAUCGCGUAUCAGAGGGACCAAUGAGAGGACGGCAUAGGCACACCCUCUCCUCCCGACGAUGCGGAUGGGUCGUCUGUCUUUCCGCCGCGUGUCAGUUCCAGUGGUCCCCCGUCUUUUGCAAGCGCUCUCUCUAUUAUUUCUUUUCAUUUUGCGUUUUUCUAUGCAGAUGCUCCGACUCGAGGCUGUUGCCAACUUGCUUGAAUGUGCUGCGAGUGCGAGCUGUCAGCCUUUCAAGGUCUCAGGCACAAGGCAGAGAGAGAGAGAGAGAGAGAUGCUGGAGGAAGUAUGCUAUAUUCGUUGGGCAGCCAUCCAUCCCAUCGGGAAAUGUUGGAGCCUUCAUACUCCCCAAGCUGGGAGCUCGGGAAAAGCAAGGACCGGGGCUCGUGAGGUUGCGGUUGGAGAGGAGCGCAAUUUAGGUCCAUGUCGAGGUGAAGCUCCAGCCCCCAGGACCUCGGCGCGAGGGACGAGAGAGAGAGAGAAACAGGAAGAGAGAGAUGAGAGCGAGCAGGAUCGCAAUGAGGCUGUGCUUGGUUCGGUUGGGCCCGCCGACUAGGAACUGGGACUUUCCGACUUGCAACGAUGGCACGAGCAGAAAUCCAGAUUCGGGGGGUAGCCUGGCACAACCUGGGAGGCACGGAGG